AUGAACCGCACCGGACCGAAACAAAACGAAGCGAGGCAAACCGGAGGCAUGGCACCAAAGCUGGUGGCGGCAAGGCAGCGAAAAAAAGACGGAGAUGGUGAUAGUUGCAGCAAUGGCAGCGGGGUGACGCAGCAAGACCGGAGAACAUCGUCAAUCCGGACAACAGUCGAAGCGAAAACCACAGAGGGAGUUUACAACAUCUUCGAGCGCAUCUCAUCCGAAGCACAUCGUCUGACGCACUACAACACAAGCUCAACAAUGACCAGUGCAAAAUUCAGACCUGCGUCUGGUCUAGCACGCCGUCUGAGGGAAUCAAAGUCGUCACUAAGUACAACUGCCACCAAGUACACCAGUCGGUAUCUUCAAAGAAUUUCCGUCGGAAUCCUUAAAGGAUUCCCGUAG